AAUAGCUUACUCAUGACAGGACCUAAGGCAUUUCUGAACUAUGCCACGAGCGUGCAGAUGGGCACACGGGACGGAAUUGAGGAGUGCAAACAUCAGUUCGCCUGGGAACGAUGGAACUGCCCUGACAGCGCCGUCCAGCUCAGGGGAAUGCGAAGCGCGACGAGAGAGACAUCUUUCGUCCAUGCCAUCAGUGCAGCAGGUGUCAUGUACACACUAACGCGAAACUGCAGUCUGGGCGACCUCGGGAAUUGUGGCUGCGAUGUCUCCAAGAAUGGAAAAAUGGGAGGUCGUGGCUGGCUGUGGGGUGGUUGUAGCGAUAACGUGGACUUUGGUGAGAGGAUUUCAAAACAGUAUGUGGAUACUCAAGAGACCGGACAAGACUCCAGGGCCGCCGUCAACCUCCACAACAACGAAGCCGGACGGAAGGCAGUGAAGGCCACGAUGAAGCGGAUCUGCAGAUGCCAUGGCAUGUCCGAGAGCUGCAGCGUCAAAACGUGCUGGACGCAGCUGUCCGACUUCAGGGACGUGGGCCUCUACCUCAAAGAGAAACACGACCGUGCUCAGAAACUAGAGAUGGACAAAAGGCGCAUGCGCGCGGCCAAUAACGCGGACAACCGAGGCGCCAUCGCGGACGCGUUCAAGGACAUUGCCCAGACGGAGCUCAUCUACCUGGAAGACUCACCAGACUACUGCAUGAAGAACGUCACCCUGGGGCUCCACGGCACCGAGGGCCGCGAGUGUCUGCAGCACGGGAACGGCCUUACCCAGUGGGAGCGCAGAAGCUGCCGCAGACUGUGCCACGACUGCGGGCUGAGAGUGGAGGAGCGGCGCACGGAGGUCGCCAGCAGCUGUAACUGUAAAUUCCAGUGGUGUUGUAAGGUGAACUGCGAGGACUGCUCUCAGGUCAUCGUCAAACACGUGUGCGCCAAGAGAGAGGGCGCACCCGCGCAGGGCUUCAGGAAGAGACACCGCGCACCCAAGGAGAGACAAUGAAUAAAGGGUUUUCUGUUAUGACCAGAGUAGGCCAAAAGAUUGCAUCUUCAAUUAUAUUAUACCGCACUUUCAUUUCGUCUUCAAUGUGUGUCUUUAAUGCCAUGCUAUUUAUG